AUGUUGGAGUGUCGGUUCAUCGAAUAAGCAAUAGCUCGCAUUGCAGAUAUACGUUUUUGCUUAAUCGAGUUUUGAAUGAUUUCAAAUCACAAUGAGUAUCGUUCCACUAAAAAUCUAUGAAAUACUGGAAAAGGCAGUGAAUGGCAACAUUGAAAAUUUCGAAGUUAAUGUGCAAGAUCCCAAUAAGAAAGGUGAAGGGUUUCUAGGACAGAUAUUUUUCGUUUCAUUGAGAGACAAGUAUACUGGUAAGCAGCUGCACUUUGUGGUGAAGCAAGCUUUUUCCGAGCAAAAUAUAAGAGACAUGCACCCGAUUAGGGACGUCUUUGUCACCGAAAUCUACUUUUACAAGAAACUAUGGCCGAAAUUAUUAAAAUUUCAAGAAAAAGUUUCUCCAGCGAACCGUUUUGUCCAUCUGGCAAAGUGCUUCGCUACGGCAUCGGAAGAGAACUGCGAGAGACUGCUGCUUGAAAAUUUAAAAUAUCAAGGAUUUGUGAUGCACGACAAGAAAAAAGCUUUGGAGAAAGAACAGUUCGAGUUCAUUUUUAAAGUUUACGGGAAACUGCACGCUAUCUCAUUCGCAUAUAAGGCUUUGGACCCUGAAAGCCUUUUAGAGUUGGUUGAGGGAGUGACCGAUGUGUGGAUAGUUAUGUCUCACAAGUCACAUUUUCAUGAUGCUGUCAAAAUAAUACACGAGGAGUCUUUGGAGUAUUUAGAACCAAGUGUGGAGGGCGCUAUUAUUAAAAAAUAUAAGCACUACGUUGAUGAUGGACUUGACUUACUUCUCAAAAGUCUGGCUAAGGGAAAAUACACUGCCAUUACCCAUGGGGAUUGUUGGAGUAAUAAUAUGAUGUUCAAAUAUGACAACUCCGGCGAGACAGUCGACGUAAGAUUCUUGGACUUCCAAAUGUUUAGAGUGGGAUCUCCAGUUUGCGAUCUGUCGUAUUGUUUGUACUCUGGAGGCACCAAAGAAGUCUUCGACGAUUUGGACCACUUGCUCCACGUCUACCACGAUAGUCUUUCAGAAAGCCUUAGGGAGUACGGAUGUGAUCCAAUGGAAUUAUAUCCCUUGGAAGCAUUAAAGAAUGAUUGGAAAGUGCACUGCCAGUUUGGAGCGGCUAUGGGUCUUAUGUUAUGGAGGGCAAAGUUGACCUAUGAUAACGAUGUGAUGGAUCUUUCCGACAUGUGUGAAGAUGAGGAAGGUGUAAAGAAGUUUUUCCAAGCCAACUGCGAUGAGAAUACUUUUAAGGAAAGGGUGAGAGAUAUUGUUACUCAUUUGUAUGAGAAUAACUACAUCAUUUAGGCGGUAUGUACUUAAUUCAAUUGUUUAGGAUUUAAUUGUUUCAAUUUUAGGAAAUUAUACUUUACUGUUAUCAUGUGUUAAAUAUACCAUAUUUGUAGGGUA